CCGUCAGUUCCGGCGGCGGCGGGAGCGGGGCGGCUCCUGCCCCGGCUGAGAGUGCCGCUUCCAGCUCGGAGAGCCUCUGUCCCGCCUGUGGGUGCCCCUUCCCGGCUGUGAGAGCCGCUUCCAGCUUUGAUGCAAAAUGAGUGUUCCUGACUACAUGCAGUGUGCUGAGGAUCAUCAGACCCUCCUGGUCGUGGUGCAGCCCAUUGGCAUUGUCCCUGAGGAGAGCUUUUUCAGGAUCUACAAGCGGAUCUCGGCCGUGAGCCAGGUCAGCGUGCGCGACUCGCAGCGCGUGCUGUACAUCCGCUACAGGCACCACUAUCCCCCGGAGAACAACGAGUGGGGCGACUUCCAGACACACCGCAAAGUCGUGGGGCUGAUCACUAUCACGGACUGCUCCUCUGCCAAGGAAUGGCCCCAGACUUUCGAAAAAUUCCAUCUGCAGAAGGAAAUGUAUGGUUCUACCCUCUACGAUUCCCGGCUGUUUGUCUUCGGGCUCCAGGGAGAGAUCGCGGAGCAGCCCCGCACGGAUGUGGCGUUUUAUCCCAGUUACGAUGAAUGUGAGAAUGUGGAGAAGAGAAUUGAAGAUUUUAUCGAGUCCCUCUUCAUAGUGCUGGAGUCGAAGCGGCUCGACAGAGCCACUGAUAAGUCUGGAGACAAGAUCCCGCUCCUGUGUGUUCCCUUUGAGAAGAAGGAUUUUGUAGGUCUGGACACCGAUAGUAGGCACUAUAAGAAGCGCUGCCAGGGCCGGAUGAGGAAACACGUGGGUGACCUGUGCCUGCAGGCUGGAAUGUUACAGGAUUCCCUGGUCCAUUAUCACAUGGCAGUGGAACUGCUGCGCUCCGUGAAUGACUUCCUGUGGCUUGGAGCUGCUCUCGAGGGUCUGUGCUCAGCAUCCGUCAUCUACCACUACCCGGGCGGUACCGGGGGCAGAGUUGGGUCUCGCAGGGCACAGGGAGGUUCCCUCUCUGCCGAGGCAGGAAACAGGCACAGGCCAGGGGCACAGGAAGUUCUCAUUGAUCCAGGUGCUCUGACUUCCAAUGGUAUAAAUGCAGAUACCAGUGCAGAGAUAGGACGUGCCAAGAACUGCCUGAGCCCUGAGGACAUCAUAGAUAAAUACAAGGAAGCCAUUUCUUACUAUGGCAAGUACAAGAACGCUGGUGUGAUCGAGCUGGAAGCUUGUGUGAAGGCAGUGAGAGUCCUUGCAAUACAGAAGAGGAGCAUGGAAGCCUCUGAGUUUCUGCAAAAUGCAGUUUAUAUCAACCUUCGCCAGCUCUCAGAGGAGGAGAAGAUCCAGCGUUACAGCAUCCUCUCGGAGCUGUACGAGCGGAUCGGUUUUCACCGCAAAUCGGCUUUUUUCAAGCGCAUCGCGGCCAUGCAGUGUGCGGCCCCCAGCAUCCCCGAGCCCGGCUGGAGGGCCUGCUACAAACUCCUGCUGGAGACUCUCCCUGGUUACAGUUUGUCACUGGAUCCCCAGGAUUUCAGCAAAGGCACCCACAGAGGAUGGGCUGCGGUGCAGAUGCGUUUGCUCCAUGAGCUGGUCUACGCUUCCCGACGGAUGGGCAAUCCUGCCCUGUGUGUCAGGCACCUGUCCUUCCUCCUGCAGACCAUGCUGGAUUUCCUUUCUGACCAAGGUAGGACUUUUUCAAAAGAGGGAGGUAUUUGCAUUUUCUUCUGUCCUACGGUCAAAUCUGUGAAGCUCCUGAAUCUCCCAACCAGUCUCCGCCCUCACAAAAUGAAGAGUUUACUCGGUCAGAAUGUGUCCACCAAAAGCCCCUUCAUUUAUUCUCCAAUUAUUGCUCACAGUCGUGGGGAAGAACGAAAUAAGAAAAUAGACUUCCAGUGGGUCCAGGGAGAUGUUUGUGAAGUUCAGCUGAUGGUUUACAACCCAAUGCCUUUUGAGCUCCGAGUGGAAAACAUGGGUCUCUUGACAACUGGAGUGGAGUUCGAAUCUCUUCCUGCAGCUCUUUCCCUGCCGGCAGAAUCUGGGCUCUAUCCUGUGACUCUUGUUGGUGUUCCCCAAACCACUGGGCAGAUCACUGUCAAUGGUUACCACACUUCAGUUUUUGGAGUCUUCAGUGAUUGCCUUCUGGACAAUCUGCCGGGAGUGAAGACCAAUGGCUGCACUGUGGAAGUCAUUCCAGCUUUGCCAAGGCUGCAGAUCAGCACCUCCCUUCCACGGUCUGCUCAUACUCUUCAGCCUUCUUCGGGGGAUGAAACCUCCACUAACGUGUCUGUCCAGCUUUACAAUGGAGAGACCCAGCAGCUCAUCAUUAAAUUAGAAAAUAUUGGAACAGAACCGCUGGAGAAACUGGAGGUCACAGCGAAAACAGUCAACACCAAGGAGAAGCUGUAUGGGGAAUUCCUGAGCUGGAAUCUAGAAGAUACCCUCUCCCAAUUUCCUCUAAAACCUGGAAAGAUUGCAACAUUCACUGUAAACAUUAAAGUGAAGCUGGACUUUUCAUGCCAAGAAAACCUUCUGCAAGAUCUCAGUGAUGAUGGAAUCAGUGUUAGUGGACUUCCUCUCUCCAGCCCUUUCCGGCAGGUUGUCAAACCAAGAGUGGAAACCAAAGCUCUGAAUCCACAGGAAAGCAGCAAAGUUGGUGACUUCAGUCACGUGAAGACACUGGAAGCCAUUUUGAACUUUAAGUACUCUGGUGGACCAGGACACGUGGAAGGGUAUUACAGGAACCUCUCACUGGGCCUUCAUGUGGAAGUAGAGCCGUCCGUGUUCUUCACCCGUGUCAGCACCCUGCCAGCAACAAGCACCAGGCAGUGCCAUCUACUCCUUGAUGUCUUCAAUUCCACAGAGCAUGAGUUGACCAUCAGUGCUAAGAAUAAUGAAGAUUUAAUCCUGCACGCUGGGGAGUGUCAGCGUAUGGCCAUCCAAGUGGACAAGUUCAGUUUUGAGAGCUUCCCAGAAUCCCCUGCUGAUGGGACACCCUUGGCCAACGCGAAGCAGCUGGAAGAAGAGAGGCAACAAGCAAAAGGUCUGGAGAUUAACAGCAAGCUGGAUAUUUGCUGGAAAAUUCCUUCCUUGAAGCGUGAAGGGGAAGCAAGUGUGGAAGGAGUUCUUAAUCAGCUGGUCCUGGAGCAUCUACAGUUGGCUCCUCUCCAGUGGGAUAUCCUUGUUGAUGGCCAGCUCUGUGACUGUGAUGUCGUGGUGAACUGCCAGGUGGGCGACCCCGUCCCACUGCAGGUGAAGUUGACCAACUGGAGCAAGCACAGCGUGGGGCCCUUUGCCCUCACUGUGAUGCCCUACCAGGAUUACCAGAACGGGGUGCACAACUACGACCUGCAAGAUGCCAUCACCUUUGUGGGCUCCAACACCUUCUACAUCGACUCAGUAAAGCCGACCAAAGACUCUGUGUACUUUGGAGCACUUCUCUUUCUCUACACGGGAGAUUUCUACCUGAAUAUCAAAUUCCAUGAAGACAACUGCAGCAGGGAGCUGCCUCUCUCCUGGCUCUGUCUUCCCAGUGUCCACAUCCGUGCUACAGAGCCCGUGGUCCCAACGAAGCUGUAAAUGGACUGUGUGCUACUUGAUUAACCACAGCGCACAGCAAUGCUUGGCACAGCCUCUGCUUGACCCCAGCUUGUUUCUGUCCAACCCCAGGCCACAGACUCCACUUUGGAGGAACAGCUGAACACUUUCUGAAUUGGCUGAUAGUCAUUUGGGCAGCUGCCUUUGCUAAUUUCAGGGAGAGGGAGAGAGAGAUUAUAACUGUGCUGGAGUUUUCCUCUGUUUCCAAAAAGCCUUUGAAACUGCUAAUAUAUGCAUAAUACUUUAAUAUACUCCAUUGAUGUCAGUGGUUUGAAAGGGUCUUGAGGACUGAAUUUAACCAUGUGUUUGAAGGUCUCAAUUCCAAUGUGAAUAAUAAUAAUGAUUUAGAUUUUUUCAGUAAGGUUUGUGUAUCUGUAUGAAAUUCCUCCUGGCUUGUUCUGGACCCAUGGCAUGUACCUUUGAGGUGUAGCUGUCUCUUAGAUUUUGUUCACUGGCUUGUUCUUGUUCACUUGUUUGCUGAGUAUUUGGUGUCUUUGGUAAUAAAUGGCAGUAGUGGUGCUUUGUAGUGUGUUACUGAAAGUAAGAAUAGCAAAUGUGCCUCCAGUUCUCUCCCUCCCCUGAGCCCGGUGCCACUUGCUCCUGGUGAAGUCACUGCCUUUAGUUUGGCAGAUCUGUGAACUAGAAAGGAAAGAGAGUGAAGAAGAGGAAAGGAAAGAGUUUUGUCCUUGAGAGAAGAAAUAAGCCAACUUUUGGGUUGCCUAGGGCUUGCCUGUGAAUUUGGGCUCUCAGAGUUAUGUUUUAUACAAUCACUUGAAACAUUUGCAGGCACCUAAAGAUCCACCAGAAUUAAUCAGUUGUUUGUUCAUAUAACUUUGCAUGAGUUUUUGCAAACUCUUCUGAUCAGAUUUUUCAAGCUAAGAUACUGCUUUUUUAUGUGGCUGGUUUUUCUUUUUUUUUUUUUUUCCUUUUUUUUUUUUUAAAGUUUAAUUAUUAGCCAGUUAAGGCCAUGGAAUUCCUGACUGUAAAACUAGUUGAUGGAUGUACUGAAGAUUUAGCCUGUUUUUCAGAGUAAUGUUUUUGUAUAGUGAGAUAUGUUUUUACCCCAUGUAAAGCAGGGGGAUGUCUUAGCUCUAUGAUUAAUAUAUUAUUUCAUGGACCAUAUGUUUAAAGCCUGUCUCAAUAUUUUCUUCAAGUUGUAGUUAAAUUUGGUGGUAGAACACUUUUGGGGGUGGAUACACCAAGAUGCAGCGGGGGUGGUCCAGUUAACUCUAUAUGAUUUAAAUUUACAUGCACAAUGUCUUUGCAGAUUUUUUGUUUGUUUGUUUCUUUAGACUUCAUCCAAACAUGGGCCCCCCACUUCAUGCCUGACCCAGUAGCUUCUUCGGGUUCUCUGUACCAUAUAUUUAUUUAGAUGUGUCUGAUGUUUUCCACUGGAAAGACAGUGCUCAAAACUCAAUUCAUUGUAUGUUUGCUGACAACUGUAGUGUAUUCACCCUAAAUAUAUUUCUAACUUGAGGGAACUAUAGCUACAGCGUGGAAUUUCCAGUGUAUGCAGGGUAUUAUCUCCAAAAACGUGUAUUCUGGCUAUGUUAUCAGUGUUUGUGCUCGAGCUCUGGCUCUGUGCACAGCUUUGAAUGCCACAGUGGAAGUUUUCAGCCUUGACCUGAAGGGAAUCCGAGGCCAGCUGAAGAUUCACUUGCAGUGAUUUACUGCUCUGUCAGCAGUGUCCAGUGACAAAACUGUUCCUUAGUCUUGCACAGUGGCUCUGGGCCAGAACACCCAUGGAAAGAGGGGGUCCAACAGCUGAGCUGGGCAUUUAUUUUUGCAUUGGUGGAGCAGUGAGGCUGAAUUCUCAGUCACUGGGUAGGCAUAUAAGCAGAAAAAUUAAGAUCCAAGGAGAGCAGGAACUAAACCAGUUGAUCUUUUCCGUAAAAGCUUGGUUUUGACAUGCGUGUCUGUACUAUGUUGCACAACACUGUUGCAGCAAAAUCCAAAUUGGGUUUUAUUCAGUAUUCCCAGCAGGUAAUCUGCAGAUUCUAGGAACGCAGCUAACGCUUUAUAAGGGCCACAUUGCAUUCCAAACAAAAAUAUUGUGAAGCACAUGCUGUUGCAUUCAGGAUGCUUCAGCUUACCCAGCUAUGGGAUCAUUUCCUAAUUUAUUUUUGACAGCAUUCUCUGAGAAGAGAGGGUCUUGUUCUGUGAGGCCUGUGCUGGGAUGCAGCAUUCCUGUGUCUUUUUACUUAUAAAAGAUCUUGAUCCACAGCCUCCUGAAGCUGUUGGAAUAGGGACAGCUUUUAUUAUAACAAAAGCAAGCUGUAUUGUUUCCUAGGUAUCCAAUAUGACAUUAUAAAUCUGCCAUAUGUGCACAUAAAUAUAAGUUCUUAUGUUUGAGCUGACCCUUAAAGGUCUAUCUGUUCAUUAUAUAGUAGACUACUCUGUCCCUUGUCAGCUUUGAUGCUUAGUUACUUUUGGCAUUUAUGAUGUCUUUCCCAAUUUUCUCACACUUUUGCUUGUCUCAGUGAGAGAGAUGAAACACAAGAAAUUCUCCUUCUGGAGAUCAUUUUUGACUUGUCCAGAAGGAAAAUAUUUAAGUGUUAGUGUAAUUUGGAGAAAGGUGAUGGGAAGGUGUUUAAAGUCACUGGGAUUGCUGUCAGGAUUGGUCACUGUACUGCUUGGAAGAAGGAUGACAUUGCUCUGAUCUGUUCUCCUGUCCUGGUACUGACAACUUUAUUUUAUUCCUCCAAAACACCCAGCAAUUAUUUUGAACAUGGUAAACCAAACUGCUCAUUGUUAUACAGAUGUAAAUCUGAUAGGAGCCCAGUGGUUGCAUUAAAUCAUUCCUAAUUUAAAUCACCACUGCUGAGAGCAGACGUUGGUUCAGUCGAUGUGUGCAUUGGAGAAGCAUAAGUCGUGCAACUUCAACUGUCUGAAUAAAUACUCAUUUCAUUGUAUUUAAA